GAGAAGUUCUGGAGGCGAGAGUCGAAGCUGGGCUGCAAUGUGCACCGAGCGCCGCAGCCCAAUCGCAUACAUUCCACUUGAACAAUCGAGAAAGACCUAAUGCGGGUCAACGAUCCCCGAUCACCUCGAAGCUUCUAGCAAAGAAAUACAGCAAACGCAGCUCAUCCCUAAGUCCGCAGCGCAUCCAAAACUUUGACCUUGAGCAAGACCCAAACCCGCCCCCAAACCCAUCCUUCCUCGCUAAGCUUAAGACGAAACUAACCGACAAGAAGGUGCAAUUCGCAGAAGAGGCGAAUUGCAACAAGAAACCGCAAGUUUUCUACAGCAGUCUCUCCGAGGGUUCUCCGAGCAGCUCGGCGAAGAGCAUCACGAAAACUGUGACCACAACAGUUCUUCCAAGCCAAACCAACAAAGUCAUCUUAAGCAAAACGAAAACCGUCGACGUUGUUGUAGCUCCAUCAGAGCAAACACCUCACCUGGAUUUGAGUCCUAAAGCGCCGAAGCGCAAGAAGAAAGGGAUUCUGAAGAGUCUAGAAGACGAUCCCGUAGCUGAGGAGUUUUACCGCAGGAAAUCUAUCAACUACAACAACUUGGUUCCUCUGAUCCCGUUUAAAGCCAAAGAGGGAGUGCUUCGCGGUUUUAAGAACGCUUUCAAAUCUCGGAAAAUCUCCGGUGAUCAUCAUCACCACGAGAGAUCUCCAAGUCCCAUCAGGAAGUUUUCGAUACCGUCUUUGGAAGUGCAAGAGUGCACUCCGUUAUCUUCGAGGAGAUCGACGCCGGAGCCAUCACCAAAACCGGCGAGGAAAUUUUCCUUUUCAAAUCUAACAUCAACGCCGGAACCAUCUCCAAAACCCGCAAGGAAACUAUCAUCCGGUAACCUAACGGUAAAUAAACCGGAAGCUUCGCCGAAACCCGCAAGGAAAUUAUCGUUUUCCAAUUUAUUCGACGCGAAACCCGCAGAGGAAAGGUCCAAAUCGCCGGGAGCUUUCAGACGAUUAUCGCAAGGGUUUUUGGAUAAAUCUCCGAAAUCAAUAAGGAAGUUGUCUCCGUUCAAGCAGUACCAGAGCGUCGACGACGAGCGCACCAAAUCCAGCGAUCACUUGGAUAAAAUCCCACCGCAUCAGUUGACUCGCAAGCUAUCGCAAGGUAACCUAACCAAAGAGAAGAGCUUCAACUUCGAGAGUUCCUACAGCCAAAGAGCUCCGCGCAAGGAGUUGAUCACUAAAACCAUCGGAGAGUAUUUCCACGCUCCGGUUAGUAAAAAGGAUAAAUUUUCGCCUCCGCCCGAGUCUGUAGUUUUGAGGAAACCGGUGACUGAAGAUCCACCAGCGAUGGGUCUGAAUCUGAGGAGAUCGUUGUCGUCUCUGUGCGGCGGCGGCUCAGGUUUACGCGUGAAAGAGAGAUGCGUCUUCGGCGCUUGCAUCAUCGUCGUCCUCUUCACGCUGAUGCUCGUCUUGGAUCUGCAGAUGGAUCUGGGCAUGAGCGGAAGGCAUCUGGCGCCGUCCCACGCGAAGAUCAAGUACAAUACGGGGGAGGAUGGACCUGGCGCCACCUACAACAGCUUCCGCAAGAGAUUCCUGCAGAAGACGCACAG